AUUAGUUAAAGUCAGCGACAGCAAUUUUUUUUAUUGACAUUCGUGUGUCAAAACACUUCUCGUUGUAUUUGUUUGUUUAUAACGCGAGCAACAGUUGUUAAUUUUCCUGAUUAAUGCGGAAAAAUGCCAUGAAAAAUGCUUAGUCUGCCAACACGUCUUUUGUGCCAACAGACUCGCAACUUACAAGGUAAACAAAAUAUAUUAAGUGCUGCAGUUAAUAGUUUGCACCAAAAGGCAACAGCAAAUAUAACAAUGGAGAAAUUUGGAUUGCCAAAACGAUUGCAAGGCAGUAAGCCAAGUGUUUGGAAUGAGUACAUUGCAUUGGCGAUGCAGUAUAAACCACUCAAUUUAGGUCAGGGCUUUCCAGACGAGCUUCCGCCAUCCUAUGUAACAGAUGCCUUAGCGGAUAUCGCUAAGAGUGAUAAUCCCAUGCUGCAACAGUACACACGUGGUUAUGGUCAUGUAAGACUCGUUCAAGCGCUGAGCAAACUUUAUUCCAAGUUAGUCGAUCGUGAAAUAAAUCCACUUAGCGAAAUACUUAUUACAUCGGGUGCUUACGAAGCGCUCUAUUCAUCUAUAAUGGGUCAUAUUGAUGUAGGAGACGAAGUAAUUAUCAUUGAACCAUUUUUUGACUGCUACGAACCAAUGGUAAAAAUGGCAGGCGGCGUGCCGCGAUUCAUUGCAUUGAAACCGAAUAAGUCGAAUGGCACAAUCACCUCAGCGGAUUGGGUGCUAGAUGACGCUGAACUUGAACAACUAUUUAACAAUAAGACCAAAAUGAUUAUAUUGAAUACACCACACAAUCCCAUUGGCAAGGUGUUCCAUCGCGAAGAAUUGGAACGCAUUGCAGCUCUAUGCCGCAAAUGGAACGUUUUAUGUCUCUCCGAUGAAGUUUAUGAAUGGAUGGUUUACGAUGAUGCAAAACAUAUACGCAUUUGUACACUCCCCGGUAUGUGGGAACGUACAAUUACUAUUGGCUCUGCCGGCAAAACAUUUUCGGUAACUGGCUGGAAAAUCGGCUGGGCUUAUGGACCAGCUAAUCUAAUAACCAAUUUGCAAAUGGUGCAUCAAAAUUCGGUUUAUACGUGUCCAACGCCAAUUCAAGAAGCAGUCGCAAGAGGAUUUGAGUUAGAGUUAGAGCGUCUGAAUUCUCCUGAUUGUUAUUUUAAUAGUUUGCCUCAGGAACUGAAGGUUAAGCGUGAUUUCAUGGCGAAAUUUUUAAAUGAUGCCGGUCUAAAGCCCACUAUUCCCGAAGGUGGUUAUUUCAUGCUAGCGGAUUGGAGUAAAUUGGGCAACAAGAUUGAUUUAAGCUCAGAGGGGGACCAAUAUCAGGACUAUAAAUUCACUAAGUGGAUGACAAAAAAUAUGGGUUUGCAGGGCAUACCUCCAAGUGCCUUUUAUGGCGAAGAUCAUAAAAAUCUUGGCGAAAGCUUUGUUCGUUAUUGUUUUAUUAAGAAGCAAGAAAAUUUAGAAAAGGCAGCAGAGCUGCUCAAAAAGUGGAAAUCGUAAUUUCAUUAGAUUUGUUUCCUUUUUUUUUGUAAAUAAGGUGCCUGUAAAAUAUUUUGUAUACUUCAAUAAUAACUUUCGGAAAAAUUUUACCAAUUUGUACAUAAAUUUCAAUAGAAAUAUGUAGCGAUGCUCAUAAUUAGAUUAUGUAUGGUCAUGUAAUAGAAAAUGUGAUGGAAUAAUAAAAAUAUGCAUUUCGAAAAA